UCUGAAGACCCGGGGGCGGGAAAGGAAAUUCACAUCAGAUGAUUCUCUGAUUCUGGGAAACAAAGAAUUGGCAGGACACCUGAAAAUGACCAGAAGGAAGAUAUACUGGGUCCCCAGGUCUUCCGGAGACCUUGUGAAUCUCGGCUUGGAUGUAGAUGAUGACACGGUUUCAGGACUGAGCUAUAAAACUUUCACUCUUGAAGACAGCCCCUGGAGCCAGCAGGUGAGGGAGCCUGAGGCACCAGAGAUGGGGAAGUACGAUGCUGCCCGGAGAACCAUGAUUCCCUUCCGUCCGAAGCCAAAGUUUCCUGCGCCCCAGCCCCUGGAUGAUGCUGGCCUGUUCUCUUACCUAACGCUGUCAUGGUUCAGCCCAGUCAUGAUCCAAGGUUUACGGAAACGCUUAGAUGAGAACACCAUCCCCCAGCUGUCAGUACAUGAUGCCUCAGCCAAAAAUGCCAAAAGGCUUCGUCUCCUUUGGGAAGAAGAAGUCUCAAGGCAUGGAAUUGACAAAGCUUCAGUGCUUCAAGUGAUGCUGAGAUUCCAAAGAACAAGGGUUAUUUUCAAUACGCUCUUGGGCAGCUGCUUCUCUGCCGCAAGUGUUCUGGGGCCAAUGCUGGUUAUACCAAAGAUCCUGGAAUAUACUGAAGAACGGUUGGGGAACAUUGCCUAUGGAGUAGGGCUUUGCUUUGCCCUUUUUCUCUCUGAGUGUCUGAAGUCUCUGAGCAUGUGCUCAUGCUGGGUUAUCAACCAGCACGCUGGCGUCAGGUUUCGUACAGCUGUCUUCUCCUUUGCCCUUGAGAAGCUGAAAUUGAAGUCUUUAACACACAUCACCAUGGGAGAGGCCAUCAGCUUCUUCACCAGCGACAUAAACUGCCUGUUUGAAGGGGUGUGCUAUGGGCCCCUGGCCUUGCUCAUCUGCUUACUGCUGAUAGCCUGCAGCAUUACCUCCUGCCUCACUCUUGGACCCACAGUGCUCAUUGCCGUGCUUUGCUAUCUCCUGAUUUUACCACUGGAGAUAUUCCUGGCCAGAAAGGUUGUGAAGAUACAGAAUCAUGCAUCUGAGGUCAGCGACCAGUACAUCCGCAUGACCAGUGAAGUUCUCACAUGCAUUAAGUUGAUUAAAAUGUACACCUGGGAGAAACCAUUUUCAAAAAUCAUUAAAGAUCUCAGAAGAAAGGAAGUGGAGCUCUUGGAGAAGUGUGGGUUUAUCCGGAGCCUGACCACUGCUACCUUGUUCACAGCCUCCUCCAUGGCCUCAGUAGUGACGUUCCUCAUCCACACAGGCUUACGGCUGAAACUCACAGCUUCAGUAGCCUUCACCACCGUGGCCACCCUGAAUCCCAUGCGGCUGUCAGUGGUCUUAGUACCCUUCACAGUCAAAGGCCUCACAAUGUCCAGGUCUGCCUCGGAGAGGUUCAAGAAAUUUUUCCUCCAGGAGAGCCCUGUCAUAUACGUCAAGGCAUUGAAAGACCCCAGCAAAACAGUGGUUUCAAGGGAGGCCACCUUGUCGUGGAGAAAGACCUGCCCCGGGAUCGUCAAUGGAGCCUUGGAGCUGGAGAAGAAUGGACACACUCCUGAGGGGAUGACCAGGGCUCAGCCACCUCUGGGUGCCCUCAGGCCAGAGGACAAAGGGGACACCCGGGCCCCAGAGUUGCACAAGAUAAACCUGGUGGUGUCGAAGGGGACCAUGCUAGGGGUCUGUGGCAACACAGGGAACGGCAAGAGCAGCCUGUUGUCAGCCAUCCUGGGGGAGACGCACUUGCUGGAGGGCUCGGUGAGGGUGCACGGAGGCCUGGCCUAUGUCCCCCCGCAGGCCUGGAUCAGGGGAAGCAUUCGGGGAAACAUUCUCACAGGAAGCCAGUACGACAAGGCCCGGUACCUCCAGGGGCUCCACUGCUGCUCCCUGAACCAUGACCUGGAAAUUCUGCCCUUUGGAGACAUGACGGAGAUCGGGGAGCGGGGCCUCAACCUCUCGGGGUGGCAGAAGCAGAGGAUCAGCCUGGCCCGAGCUGUCUACUCUGACCACGAGCUUUACCUGCUGGAUGACCCCCUGUCGGCCAUGAACACCCACGUGGGGAAGCACACCUUUGAGGAGUGCAUUAACAAGGCGCUCAGGGGGAAGACCGUCAUCCUGGUGACCCACCAGCUGCAGUAUUUAGAGUUUUGCAACCAGAUCAUUUUGUUAGAAGACGGGAAAAUAUGUGAAAAAGGAAUUCACAGUGAGUUAAUACAGAAGAAGGGGCGAUAUGCCCAGCUCAUCCAGAAGAUGCAUGGGGAAGCCAUACAGGGCGUGUUGCAGGGCAUAGCAAAGGCAGCAGAAGAGCUACAGGUGGAAGGUCAGGCCCAGACUACUUGUCCAGAAGAGCUUCUCAAUGAAAAUGCUGUGCUAGAAAAUCAGCUCACACAGAGGAAGAUGGAAAAAGAGUCCCUGAAGUGGAGCAUCUACCACCACUACAUCCAGGCAGCCGGAGGUUACCUGGUCUCUGCCAUGGUUUUCCUCCUCCUGGCGAAGAUGGUCUCUUUCACAAUGUUCAACUUGUGGUGGCUGAGCAAUUGGCUGGAGCAGGGCUCAGGGACCAGUAGCAGUCAAGAGAGAAAUAGGACCACUGCAGACCCAGGUGACAUAUUGGACAAUCCUCAGCUGCCCUUUUACCAACUGGUGUAUGGCCUCAGCGCCCUGUUCACAGUCUGCAUGGGCAUCUGCACCUCGGCGGCUUUCACCAAGGGCAUGAGGAAGGCACCCACAGCAUUGCACAACAAGCUCUUCAACAAGGUGUCCCGCUGCCCCAUGUGUUUCUUUGACACCACCCCAACAGGCCGACUCCUGAACUGCUUUGCAGGGGACUUGCAUGAGCUGGACCAAUUCUUGCCCACUGUGGCUGAACAGUCCCUGCUCCUGAUUUUGGUGGUGACCACCAUCCUGAUGAUUGUCAGUGUGGUGUCCCCCUCUGUCUUGCUGAUGGGAGUCGUAAUACUCAUUGUUUGCCUCGUUUAUUUUAGAAUGUUCAAGAGGGCCAUCAAUGCAUUCAAGAGCCUGGAGAACUACAGUUCCCCUUUAUUUUCCCACAUCCUCACCACUCUGCACGGCCUGAGCUCCAUCCAUGUCUAUGGAGAAACUGAAGAUUCCAUCAGCAAGUUUAAAGGGCUGACAGAUGCACAGAAUAACUACCUGCUGAGGUUUCUGUCUUCCACGCGACGGGUGGCACUGAAGCUGGAGCUCAUGACCAACAUGGUGACCUUGAUGGUGGCCUUGUUCACGUUUUUUGGAGUUUCCUCUGCCCCCUAUUCCUACAAAGCCAUGGCUAUCAGCCUUGUCCUGCAGCUGGCGUCCAACUUCCAGGCCUGUGUCCGGAUUAGUUCAGAGACAGAGGCGUACUUUACAGCUGUGGAGAGGAUGCUGCAGUACAUGAAGAUGUGUGUCUCUGAAGCUCCUUUACACAUAGAAGGCACGAACUGUCCCCACGGGUGGCUGCAGCAUGGGGAAAUCACAUUCCAGGAUUAUCAGAUGAAAUACAGAGACAACACACCUCUUGUCCUCUACGGCCUCAACCUGACGAUUCAUGGCCAGGAAGUGGUGGGCAUCAUGGGAAGGACGGGCUCUGGGAAGUCCUCCCUGGGAGUGGCUCUCUUCCGCCUGGUGGAACCAGCCGCAGGCCGCAUCCUCAUCGACGGCAUGGACAUCUGCAGCCUCGGCCUGGAGCACCUGCGGUCCAAGUUCUCGGUUAUCCCUCAAGAUCCCGUCCUGCUGUCAGGGACCAUCAGGUUCAACCUGGACCCCUUUGACCACCACACAGAUGAGCAGAUCUGGGAUGCCUUGGAGAGGACAUCCUUGAGCGAGAUCAUCAUCCUUAUUGAUGAGGCCACGGCCUCCAUUGACUUGGAGACGGACACCCUGAUCCAGCGCACAAUCCGUGAAGGCAUCUGGGGCUGCCCAGCGCUGAUUAUCACACACCACGUCACCACCAUCCUCAACUGUGACCGCAUCCUGGUCAUGAGCAACGGGAAGGUGGUGGAGUUUGACAGGCCUGAGGUCCUGCAGAAGAAGCCCGGGUCCAUGUUCGCAGCCCUGCUGGCGACAGCCAGUUCUUCGCUGAGCUCAGGAGAAGGGAGACCGCAGUGA